CACAUAUAUUUUACUUCGCCUCAAGCCUCAGUGAGCGUUGGCACGGCACUGCGAGCAUGUUCUCUGUUUCCCGGAUUAUUUCAAGGUUUCAUAUGGCCCAGGCACUCAGAUCGGGAGUUGCUGCUGCUACUCGCUGUAGUUCUCAGUUAGACUUUGGAUUCCCUUUCUUGUUAGAAGCUUGCUGGAUGAGUACUAGGAGAGAAAUCAUUGUUACGACCUCUCUCUCGGAAGAAAUAGCUCAACACACUUUAGAUGAAAUUGAAAAACGUGUUGAAGUUGGAAUAAGCCCCAAAACUAAAGAGGAGGCCAAACAAGUAAUAUCGUCUCUUACAACCUGCUUGGAGGAGAACAAAGUUUUGUUAAAAGAUGCAGCUGUAGUAUUGGCUGAGCUUAGAGCCUCAAUGUCUCAGCCCGAUGAAUAUGUUACUAUGGAGAAGAUAAGAAACGCAACAAAGGUUCUCCAGAGGUUAUAAAUCCAAAACUUUGUUUGAUUGUUCUAUUAUGUUUUCCUUGCUCCUAUAUAACAUAUGUUUAGCUCAUAAGGUUUCGUUUUCCCAGUCUCAACUAUAAUAAUAAACGGUUCUUCCAUUCUCCUUGUCAUUAAACGGUUCUUCAUUUUCCA